AUGCGGUCCCGACGAUUCCCGGCAGCUCCCGGCGCGGCGCCCGGUGCAGCGCAGGGGAGCUCGGUGCGGCUCCUGCUGCGAGCGCCGGUGCAGCCUCCGGAGGCUCCCCGUGCGGCUCCUGGUGCGGCCCCCGGUGCAGCCCUCGGCGGCUCCGGGUGCGGAUUCCCGCGGAUCCCGGUGCGGCCCCCCGUGCACCUCCCGGCAACUCCCUGUGCAGCUCCCAGGGAGGCUCCCGUUGCAGCUCCCGGCGGCUACUGGUGCAGAUCCGGGUGCGGCUCCCGGCGGCUCCUGGUGCAGAUCCCAGUGCGGCUCCUGGCGACUCCCGGUGCAGCGCCCGGGGAGGCUCCCGGGGAAGCUCCCGGUGCGGCUCCCGGGGCAGCCCCCGGCGGCUCCCGGCACAGCGUGGCAAACUCUCAGUGCGCCUCCGGAGCGCACGGCCGAGCUCCGGGGCUGAGCCCUGCCCAUCCCAGCCUCACCGCCGGCCCAGGGCCGAGCUUUGCUCCGGCACCCACCCUCGCCCCCAGCAGCAUGCCCCGCGGGCGAGCCUGGACACAGGCAGAGGUCAACAGCCUCCUGGCACUGGUGGGGGGCUCGGGGGAGGCCGCCCUGCUCAUGGCCUCCACAUCGCGACCCAACGAGGCGCUCUGGCGUGAAAUUUCCCAGGGGCUGGCAGCAGCUGGCUACGGGCGCAGCGUGGCCCAGUGCCGCUCCAAGUGGAAGGCGCUCAAGCAGGCUUUCCACUCAGAGCGGGAGACACGCCAGAGGGCUGGCUGCCACUCUCCACGCUUGCCCCCACACUACCGAGCUAUGAAGAGCAUCUGGAAGGCAGCCGGGCGGCCCGUCUUCGGCGAGCGGAGGAUGCCAGACCUGGUGAAGCUGUCCUCCAGGAAGCGCAGGUCAGCCCUCACCACCCAUUCUCCAUCCUCACCAGAGCCACCAGAGCACGACACUCACAGGGACGCCCCGGGCGUGCUGCUGUCCCCGCUGCCACAGAGUGCAAAGGACGAACCAGAGAGAUGCUGUCACACCACCCUGAAGCAGGAAAGAGAUGAGCAAAAGGAUGGUUUUCCUGGUGAGACGUCCCUGGAGAUGGAAAGAGAAAACCAAGUGCUGCCAGUGGCCACCACAGCCCCGGGCUCCCCUGGGACGGCUGCCAUGAGCGAGCAGCCAGCAGCAGGUGAAGAGGCGUCAGAUGCAAACCUGCACGGCUCCAGUGUGGCAGGUUUGCUCCAGAGUGUCCAGCAGCUGCUGGUACAGAUCCUGCAGACGUCGCGGCAGCAGCAGGCGCUGCUGGAGAGCCUGGCCAAUGACACCGUCUCCCACCUCCACCUCCUCUCCCACAGCUUGGUGCAGGUGGGCGAGAGCCUGCACCAGCUCCUGCUCCGGCCGCAGACCCACCCCGGCCCCCUCGGCCACUAUGGCCCCCACGUGCCACUUUACGAGGGCGGCCCCAGAGUGCCCUGUUCCUCUGGCUCUCCCCACACCUCCCCGGAUCACAAAGAGGAUCUUCGGGUGUCUCCUUUCACUAGCUACACCCACCUAUGA